AUUCUUGCACUUGUACUUGUCACUGUUUGCAUUGUGUAUUACAAGUAUUACAUACAUACGCUUUGAUACCCUAUUGUACGAAAUAUAUGUAUGUAAAUACUUGGAUCAGAAUUUUUUAUGCUAUUGGAUAUCGCAGUGAAAGAGAGCCUCUCAUAUCGGUUAUUUUUCACGAACUCUGUGGUUGUUUCUUGUUUCUGUGAUUGUUCGUUGGAGUGGAUAAAUAUGUAACUUUGUAUGUACAACUCAUGCAGUCCCGUUGUCCGUCGAACUUCAUAUAUGUAGAUAGACCACAAGUUGUCGGAGUUAGGCAUUUUUCGGCUUCAAGUUGCUCAACUUUCAAUGAGAAUAUGUAUGGAACUCGCUAGAGAGUCGUCUGCGACACAACAAACAUGGCGUAUCGUGGUGUAAAAGGUUCUGAUCCGUUUGUUUCGAAAACAUCUCGAAAUGAACGUUUCGCGCAAAUGUCGAAACAAGAACAAAUUAUUCAGCAGAAGAAACUAGAGAUACAAGCUAAAAUGCAAGAACAGAAAGCGAAAGAAGCUGUGGAAAAUUUGAAAAAGGGCAAUGCUCUAAUUCCGAAUUCAAGAACAAUUAAAGCUAAUACUGCCAAGAAACAAGAAGAGAAACCAGCUGUGUCGCAAACGAUUAAUCUAUUUGCCAACGACGGCAGUUUUUUAGAUCAAUUUAAAAGAAUCGCGAGUAACAAAGGAACAGCAAAAACGGAGUCGAUAUUUCCUUUGAAAUCUGAAGAGAAAAGAGAAGACAAGUACUCGGAGACUAUGCAGGAUAAGGAAAGAAAGAAGACCAACGACACGAGCAGGGACUGUGAAAAUAGGAGAGACCGUAAAAGAGUCGAUUCUAGAUGGGAAAGAAGCUCCGAUAAGAGACAUAGUUCGUCUUCGAGUCCAUCUCCUACCAGACACGCGUCGUCGCAAAGCCCGGAAGCUCGACGUAAUUUCAACCAAUUACCUUCCAAUGGACAGCGCAUGCAACACAAUCAGCAACAGUAUUUUCCCAGAAAUGGAAAUUCGUCUCUCGUGCCUCCUCUUGCGUCUCAAACUGUGAUGCAUCUGACAAACGUACCUCCGCCUAAUAUAAGAAACAUCAUAACCAACAUUCCUCCUCCAAACUUAUCAAAAAUGCUUCCUCCGAAGAAUUUGGUCAACUCCUAUCCUGGACUGGACGAUCGAUCUGGAGAUAGUAGAUUGCAGAUGUCGUCGCAUGCAUUACACGCAUCAUCACACUCCUCUGUACAAACUAUACACGCAAAUACCAAUGUGCCUCCGCCGAAUAUUCACAUUUCUCGGACGAUACAACCUAAUCUACAAAAUUUACCACCGCCUACACUUUCUACAUCCGCAUCGUUACUACCAUCGUCGGCGGCGUCAUCGUUAUCGUCAUCUUCUACAUGUUCCAAUUCGGGUUCAUCUUCCUCCUCAUCCACGUGUUCGACUUCAUCAUUAUUACAACAACCACCACCACCACCACCUCCACCACCACCGCCACCACCACCGCCACCACCACCGUUACCACCGUCGUCAUCGUCAACGGCGACUUCGUCAGCCUCGAUAUUAUCAACGUCAGCAGCGGUAUCGGGCACGCAACAGCAUAUAAUCUCAUGUGGGCGUCAAUGCGGUGUACUACGUCCCUCUACUUUACAACCUACGAAUCUACCACCUCCAAAUAUUCCUCCACCCAAUCUGUUAUCAACGUUGACGGAAAUACCGCCAAAUAUGAUGUCCAUCCCACCUUCGCAGACGAUCGUAGUCACCGUACCGAAUGCAUCCAAUGUACCCAAUAUUCCUCCGCCAAAUGUGAUACCAUCCGUGAUGAUGUCGACUCCACCACCUCCAGUUCAUAAUGUACCGUCGAGUAUAAAUUCAGUUCCCCCACCAAAUUUAAAUAUUCCACCCCCGAACGUGCCACCACCACCCAUUAUGCAAAGUGCUGGUCCACCUCCUCCUUUAAUGUCAACGAGCUAUCCUCUUCCCAAUCAAGUCGCUCAGGUACCUAUGGGACCGCCUAAUAUUCAAGUGCCACCACCGGCAAGGCCAUUGUCUGGUCUUCAAGCUACCGAACAGCUAGUGUGUCCCGUAGAGGCUGAGCAGCUGGCACGCAUCGUCGCUGAUUGUGGAGAUGAAAUCGAGCAGGAAGCGCGAGAGAAGAAUGCACAAGAUCCUAAAUUAUGGUUUCUGCACCAAAAGCAAAGUGCAGCGUACCUGCAGUACAGGGGCUUAGUGGCCAAGUUUCGUGCUGAAAAGUCGACCAAGGAACAGAAAGACAGCGGUGCUGAACCGUAUUGUCCGGAAGAAGCGCUCAGCGAUAACGACGACAGCGAACAUAUUCAUGCGAACAAACAUGUUUUCUCGAUGCAAGAUCGAUCAAAGGAGGAGAACAAAGAAGAACGUAAACGGAAAAGACGUAGUCGUUGGGGUGACCCGGACAAUAAAGUGUCGAUAGCGGAAAUCAACACAUUAUCUGUGCAGAAACAAAACAGUGGGGGUCUUUCGCAACCAGGUAUUGCGAUUCCUGGACAAAUCGGGCAACCAGCUGUGAUAAUACCAUCGUCAAAGAUGCAACAUGCCAAAGCUAAAAAUCCCAUGUUAACCAAAAUUUCAAGAAACGAUCCAGCUUUGAUACAGUACGCUCGGCAAACAUUCGGCACGUUGGAUCUCACCGAGGAACAAUGGAAAAAAGCGGAGGAUCAUUAUAAGAUAAAUCUGCUCUAUCAAAAUUUGUUGAGAAAAAGGGAAGAAUUAAAACGUUUGGAGGCACAGGGGAAGCAUAAAUACGAAUACGAUAGCGACGAAGAAACCGAAGGUGGCACUUGGGAACAUAAACUUAGAUCCGCCGAAAUGGAAGCCACUCAAAUGUGGGCGGAAGAACUGACGGCCCAAGCGGAAGGAAAACAUCAUAUCGGUGACUUUUUACCGCCGGACGAACUUAAGAAAUUCUUGGAACAAUACAACGCGGUCAAGCAAGGAAAAGAACCUGAUCUUAGCGACUAUAAAGAGUACAAGCUGAAAGAAGAUAAUAUAGGAUUUCAGAUGUUGCAGAAACUAGGUUGGAGUGAGGGGCAAGGCUUGGGUAGCGAGGGCAAUGGUCGUAUCGAACCUGUCAAUAAGGCCACUAAUCGAUUCGAUAGUGCUGGCUUAGGAUCGGAAAGACCGGACGGUGUAUCCAGAGACGACGACGAGUUCGAUGCCUAUAGAAAACGAAUGAUGCUGGCUUACAGAUUUAGGCCUAAUCCUUUGAAUAAUCCCCGGAGACCGUAUUACUGAAAAUACUGGUAUCGGCGGAUUGUAUUUAUGGCAUUACAUGCAUAUAAAUUUUCUAUUUAGUUGAACAAUAAACCAUCAUUAUUUUGUAUAUUGAAAACUGUGAAAGCGUCCAGAAUUACGCUUAAAUCGUGCAGUUGCUCGAUCAAUAAUAUAGGGCAUAUACGUAUAAUUCAAUAAAUGGAACCUUAAGCUUCAUUUUCUUUCGUACAAUGAUGUGUACGAUGUAUAUGUACAAUUCGCUGUGUACAUAUACGCAUACUACCAUGUGUAUAUCCAUUUGUAUACGUAUAAUACGAACAUACAUAUGUAUAAUACACAACAUACGUACAAAUCGCACGACAUUUACCACAGUUCAUAAUGUACACUUGUUUAAAAUGGAUGGUAAAACAUCCAGAUUUAUUCAUGGUAAUAUUGAUUGAGCAAACUAAUUUGCCCUAAUAUACGUUUGCGAAUGACGUUUUUGAAGUAUAAAUCUAAUUUAUAUGUAAUAGUCUCUGCAUUUUAGUGUUCCGUUAUUCGGUUUCUUAGUUGUUAAUAAAAUCGAUUUUUAUACGGGGAAAA